UCGUAUCUGGCAAGAACCCUAGAUCUUACUCACUCCAUGGCGCUCUUCUUCGUCAAGAACAAUUUCUUCCUGGGCGCGUACCAGGAGGCGAUCAAUGCCGCCGGCAAGCUCAAGGGAUUGUCCGAUCAGGAGGCUGCCGAGCGCGACUACUUCGUCUACAGAUCGUACAUUUCCUGCGGGCUCUACCAGAUUGUUAUCGAUGAGAUCAAGAGCUCGACCAGCGCCCUGGAAGCUGUGAGGCUGCUUGCUACAUACUUCCUGGGAGAAAAGGAGUCGGCAAAAUCGUCUCUCAAGGACUUGUUAGCGGAUCCACUGGUUGCUUCCAACAACGACGUGCUUCUGAUAGCGGGCAUCAUCCAUGCUCACGAACAAGACUACAAUGAAGCGCUCAAGUAUACUCAUGCUGGAGAGACGCUCGAGCUAUGUGCGCUAAACAUUCACAUGUACUUAAAGCUGAAUAGACCCGAGCGAGCCGAGCAGCAGCUAAAAGUCAUGCAGCGAAUCGACGAGGACCACACUCUCACGCAGCUGGCCAAUGCGUGGGUCAAUCUAGCGCUCGGAGGCUCCAAGAUUCAAGAAGCCUCUUACAUAUUCCAGGAGCUCUCCGAGAAGUACUCGUGGACGGUACCGCUCAUGAAUGGAAGGGCCGUUUGCCACAUGCAUAUGGGCCAGUUUGAUGACGCCGAGCAGCUCCUUCUAGACGCUCUCCUCAAGGAUAACAAGGACGCUGACACUCUCGCCAACCUUAUUGUCUGCUGCCUCCAUCUCGGAAAAUCCACCACUCGCCAUAUGAGCCAACUCAAGUCAUUGCAGCCGGAUCACCCGACGAUCCAGCGUCAAGUCGCGGCCGAGACGAUGUUCCAGCAGGCACUCCAGGCCAUGGGCUAGGCGGAGAUACUCUCCUUUUUGUAUUCCUGACAUGAGAUAAAUCGCCAGAAUCUUCUUUCCUUUCAA